AGAGUCGGGGGGGAGCGCCUCGGGCCCCGCCAUGGCCGCGCCAUGGCCGCUGUGCGCGGGCGAGGCAGCACGAUGGGGGCCCGGCCUCGAAGAAGCCGGAAAAGGAGAUGGUGCCGGCCCACGGCGUGCUCCGGGCUGACCCUGACGCUGGGCGGCUACUUGGGGAGAUGGCGCGCGGAGCGCAGGCUCGAGGAGGCCAUGAAAGGAAGCUGCCCGCGCGAGCUGGAGAAAGCCGCCAGGUUCGCGUACAAUGCGGGCGUCGACUUCGCGCGCGUCGAGGAUGCGCGCAACGACGCGCGGCGGCUGCGCGCGGAGGAGCUGCUGCGGGACGCUAGGGCUGGCGCCGCGGCGCCGUCGAGAGCGGCGCGAGCGGCCCUCAUCGAGUCCGCUUGCCGGACCGCGCGCGUGCAGGACGUGGACCGGCAGCAGAUAGGGAAGGCGGAGGAGGAGGUGGCGCAGCUCCGGGCGCUCGAGGAGCUGUCCGAGCUGCUGAAGGCCGGCUCCAGGGCCGACUGGGUGCACCUGCAGGAGGCCUGCCUCAAGUGCCAGAACAAGGGGGUCUGCGGCCCGGAGCUCGAGGCCGCAUGGCACGAAGUGGAGCGGCGCAAAGCGGAUGCGGAACUCCAGGAGGCGCUGCUCAGCAACGAUCCUGACAAGAUCGACAAGGCGUGCAACCGCUUAGAAAGCUUGGGCCUCGCCACGGAAGCCGUUAUCCAGGACGCCUAUGAGCGCGCCAGAAGGAUUCGGGCCGAGGUGGUGCUCCGGGGCGGCCUGGACAAGGCCCGCGGCGGUUGCUGCGCGCGGCCCGCGUGAGAGCGGCGCGGCGGCGGCGCGCGCCGCGGCCGAGCUCGCCCGCCGCCCCGGGGGCGUCGGCGGCGCUCCCUGCCGCUGGCCUCCGUGGGAUGGGGGGGACUUGGCACCGCUGGACCCCCGAGAGGCAUCCUUAGCAGCUGUUCGUGGGGAGGCGGCAGGGCGGCUAUGUUGUAGAACGCGUCGUGCUGAGUGCGCGCGCGGCGUAGGUUCUUAUUCGCAGCGUGAUUCGACGUAGAUGGAUGGUGGGCGCCUCCACACCAGGGCCACCAGACGAUAUCUGGAGGUUGUUGGUGCCGUAGCUCCAUACCUCGCGGCGUUCUGACAGGCCGCGAUGGCGUAAAAAACUCUUUGGCGGGAAAUCUUGGCAGGACGAUGCUCGGAAUUGUAGUGGAUGGUCAGGGUGGCAUUCACAG